AGUAUGAAAAUGGAUACCUCUGUAGCUACACAUGCAAAAGAUCCUUUUGGUACUGCAACCUACCUACCAGGCUACUAGAUCUUUCUCUUUGAUGAAUAGGAGCUCCAUCUACAAAGUUCCAAGCUACUUGUGGGUGGCAGUGCUUUCUAUCUUGUUUUGAUCAACCAUUUGUGGAUUCUUGAUAAGCUGCGGCAGAUUGGACAAGCUGAUUGCACUGACUCCCAAGGGACAUACAUGGUACCAGCAAAGGUUGUUCCUUAGCUGAUCAUAUGCCAGUGGAAAAGAUUCCCAACAACUUUUUCCUGUAACAUCCAUUCAAGAGAUGUUUGCUCUACUUGCACCAUCUCUAUCCUGUAGUUAGGACCUCUGCUUUCCGUGCUACACCCAACUUUAAAUUAUUCUUAUGAUCCUGUCCUCUGCAGUUUAUGCUUUGGAUUUCUGUAGGCUCAUUAGAGGUUCUUACCAGGAACACAGAUUAGUUAAAAAGACUUUUUCCAGAGGGAGGGAGGACCAGAGUUCUGUAGUUACAUUCUCUCUAGCAUAUUUGCCAAGGCUGUGCAGUCCUAUUAAGUCCUUACGGAAUGAAACCCUGUUUGGAGUUCUUCACAGCUUUGGCAAGAUGUUCCUACCUGCAAGUUCUUGAGUUCCAACCAAGAAGAGGAGCAGGAAAGAUGUAUGCAGAGACCGGGCUGCUGUUGCCCUGCAUGCAGGGCUUUCCACAAGUAGUAUCAGGAGCUGAUCAACAUCUUCUUCCGUUUACAUCUCAUGAAGACUUGGUCUCCACGGUCUUUCCUGGUGCUGCUCCCACCUUGGGUAACCUGGUUCAGAUUUCCUUUACUGAUUAUGACCUGGGAGGAGAUGGGGAUUUGUUCGAAGCUCCAAAGCCCAUAUUAGAAGAAUCAUUAGAUCCCAUAACCGCUACCAUGUCAGUGAUGCCUGGUUAUGGAAGUACUAUAACAGAAGAAACAAUGAAAACCACAGAUACAGGGUUGAUCCAAGAUGCAGAUCUAUCGUGUGAGGUCUUCUUUGACUGCAAAAGAGAUAUUCUUACAAAGUCAACUACAAUUGUACCUUCUUCUGGCACAGUUGCUGCAGUGCAGACUGAAGAAGAUAUCGCUGGAGCAAAAGAUAAUUCCUUUGCAGAGGGAUCUUUACAGAAGAGUGGCAGUUUUGGAUGCCUAGGCUCAGUGGACUACUCUAAGGUUCUCAGUGUCGAGCCAUGUUUUCUCGGUGUUACUGAUAUGAAUCUUGAGGUUGCGUUUCAGAUGAGGAGGGCAUACAGCGAAGGAGAUAUCCAGAUUCUUGGAAACAAUAACUCAGUUCAUGGUAACAUGAACAUAAUUCCUGCUUUUAAGGUUUUAGCAAGCUUUGAGGAUAUCAAGAUUGAGGACAAGAUCAAAGAAAGAAGGAUAAAGCUUUCCAGGUACAGGAAGAAGAGGACAAAAAGAAACUAUGGAAGAAAGAUCAAGUAUGCUUGCAGAAAGGCUUUGGCAGAGAGUCAGCCUCGUAUACGUGGAAGGUUUGCGAAGAUGGAGGACACGUAUGGUUGCAAUGAUCGAGCGAUAGGAGGUCGCAAACUGCAGCAAUGAAGUAUAGAUAAAUGUACAAGUAGCUUGCAGCUAGUACUGCUUUCUAAGCACCCCUAUGGGUAAUGUGCGCUUCCGAUAUCAUGUUAUAAAGCUUGUUCAGAACUUUGAAUUAUAUUUGUUAGAAAUAAGCCUAUGGUUAUCGGCAUCUCUUGCUAUACCGUCGGUCUGUAUCAAUUAACAUUUAUCUGUAGCUAUGUGACUAGUUUGGAAUGAAUAAGAUUUGACAAAGUUUUGACCUUUCAA